CUACUGCAGCCGCAUUCGGAUGAAGCGACCCCUACCAAAAAGAAAAGAAUAUAACGCACUAGGAAAACGGCGAAUCACCGAUGAGCCAACAUCACCGAUAACCCAACUUGUUGAUUUCUUUACGACUAAAUAAAAGACUAAGACUUGUUGUCAAGAAGAGACACACACAAAGAAAAACAAUGUUCAACACGGGGCCGAUCCGGCAUCCGUCCGUCCGGGAGAUCGAUGCCUCCUAUGAGGACGCCUUACGAGCAGUGACGUCGUUCCAGUACAAGCACUUGGACCUAGUCCAUUCCACAGAACUUCCUCAUGAAAAAGAGGCGCGAUUUCAACGAGAACUCGCGAAAAACGCAUAUCUGGACAGACACUCGACACCAAGCUCGAGCAAAGGAAGCGGGAACAAUGUGUUUGCACGGAGUCGGAGUGCUAGCAAGGAAAGAGAAAAUGCGAAUUAUCUGAGGGCGAGGUACUCGUUUUCAAAUGACUGAUCUCCGGGAGCUGAAUCCAUGGGGCUCCAUCGCUUACAGUGAGACUUAAGAUGCCACGUUGUAGUUUUUGCCGUGAACGAUGUACUUGCAUGCACCCCCUCUUCACCCAUUUUGAAUUUCGAGUACGCAUCACAACACCAGGUUCGGCAGUGACCCCACGGCCGCUACUUCCUCUUCCUUAGCUGCUGGUACACGGCACCGCCCUAGAAGCCAGAACGGCAGCAAAGCAUCCUCUCCUCAAGAAGACUAUUUCAGAUGCGACAGUGCUCGUAGAGAAGCAACUGGUGAUUUCCAUGUAGGGAAAGAAGAUUGGAGUGCAGACUUUGGUAACAAUAUUAGUGGUGAGGAAGGAGUCUCUUUGCUGAGCAAGUUUCAAGCCGAAUGGAAACAGAGGAACAAGGAGCGCCGCGAUAACGAGAUGCAGGAGAAGGAGGAACGAAGACAAAUGCAGAGUAGGAUCCGAAGACAAAUGUCGGACGACCAGCAACCUUCAGGAAGAUUGGCAAGGGAAGUCGACCGAACGGGGGAGAAAAUGGGGAAAAGUGCAUCAUCUGUGGACUUGACGAAUAGUAGACACGCGGGAGCUGAACACACUCUACUUUCAUCCAAGAUCAAAGAAGACAUUCUCCUAGUCUCCUCCGAUCGUGGUGCUAGGGGACAGAACGACUCGCCUGAUCCGGUCAUGGUGUGGCGAGACACUCUGCGUGAUCGACAGAUGAUCACAAGCACGAUUUUAGAUAGGGUUUUAGGUACUUCUUCUUCAUCCUCCGGCCCUGGAGCGCCGUACAGUCGAGAUCCAGUCAGUGACGCUGCUUUUUUGCGGGAACGGGUCAAAUCUUUUUCUCCAAGAGGUGGUGCAGCUUCCACCUCCUUGCCUGCGGAUGUCUACCUCUCUGGCGAUGCUGACUUAAUGGACACGGCUGCGACUGGAGAGCGGAAGUUGAGGAUUCAACGUGACGGUCUGGCUGAAUCAAUGGGCACAAUUGAGGGGUAUCAAGAACUUGACGGUCUUACGCCAAUAGAUUGGAAAGCAGAUUGGAGAAGCGGGAAAUACGACAAAAACCUCAAGAACAAGCCGCCGCUCAUAACUGGUUUAUCGCCAGUAGACACGGGUUUACCAGAACACUACCGUCAAACCGGAACCGAUCGACACAUCUCCUCUUCAAAUCAUCUUGACGAUGAAGAGGACGAUGAUCAUGUUGACCCACAACUCCACGAAGAGCUUCUCAAUGGAGGUUUUCCCCAAGGCAGACGCGUGAAAGAACUCUUCGAGGCCGAGGGAAAUGGCAUCCCUAGUGCUUCGGCAGCACUGAGUUCGACUCUAGUGAAGAGUGAGCUUGCCGAACUAGAUGGACUGCUGAAAAAGAAGUGUCAUCCUGACGGCGUUGGCGAUAUAACUCCAAUCGAAAGCGACGACGAAAUAAGGCCGAGAACGGCGCAGGAUGAAGAGAGAAAAAUGCUCUGGGACGACGAUCCUUCAAUGAAGAAAAUGCUCAAUUUGAAAGACGACGUUGAUCAUGUCAAAGGACAUGGUAGUAGAGUUUGUGCUUCUUCGACAGGUAGAACUUCUACAACGAAUAAGCCUAGGAGAAACUUCAGUACGAAGAUGGACGUCGAGGAGGAUGAAGCAGGAGAAGAUGACACGGUAGAAUUGAAGGGAGGGUUCUUGGAGAAUCGUCCCAGUACUAGUCCACGUGAAGUGGAGGACGUUGAAGACGAAAACGAUCCAACAUCUGACGCUGGGCGUGGUAUGUCUUCAUCUUUUUUGAACAGUACUGCCUCUGCAUCUACAAUGAUGCCAGGCGGUGGUAGACGGAAAUCAGGAGGUACUACAACUGGGAUGAACAAGGGUAGUGCUGCUGCAUCCUCUUCUGCUUCUGCUGCUUCUGCCUCUUCUUCCUCUGCUUCCAACAACGAGACACGUGCCGAGCGAGACGCCCGCAGAUUGCAGGCUCUCUGCGAAGACACCGACGACACAACAAGUCCCAAAUCUUUACAUCAGAAGAUUCGUCGGGAAUUCUUUCGGCCAGGUGACCACUUGGCGACUCACGAGGAACUGGUAGAAGGUCGCGAAGACGCGGCCGUGCGAGAGAGGAUGGUGGAAGCAGGUGAAGAAGGAAUGUUGGGAGAUAAAGAUGAACUCGAACAAGAAGAGGAAAAGGACCGCCUUCUUGGCGACAUACGUUACGCGGCGAUUAGAGGCGACGUGGAUCUGGCUAUGGAGGGGUCAGAACUUCUAAGGCAAAGUGGGAUUGGUGGUGGUGGUGACCCUGGAUAUGAUGACGACGACAACUAUACUGGAGGAGUCGGAGACGUUCAGCAUGAAGUGUUGCCGAGUAUCGACGCAAAAUACGGAGUGGAAGAUGAUAACCAAGUUUUUGUCAUCAUACCGAGACAAGAAGAUACGCCCACGGGCAAUCCUUCUCCUACGAUGAAAACUAACAGUCCCGCAAAAACAGAGUACAACAGCUACAACCAAGCUGCAGCACAGAAUAAUUUUUCUUCUUCAUCCGGCAACAAACCAAUGCAAGAAGUUGUUAGGGAACCAAUGCAAGAAGUUACUAGGGGACCAUCAUCGGGACCCGGGCCAUCGCCGGGUAGUGCUUCAGGCAACAUGAUCAAUGUGCCUAGUACAACUGCAGCAUCUUUUACUCCAGCAUCUAGAACAGCAGGCCCUCCUUCGUCCGCCGCGACGCCGAAGCGAUCACUAGUUCGCGGAGUUCGAGGAGCUGUGCCCUCGAGGAUGGGCAUCCCAGCUCCCGGAGAACGAUCUGGAUCGCCAGUAUCUAGCCUGCGCGCACGUGCUGCCGACGUGGUCAGAGAGGAUGGUGAGACGCUGAAGAAGCUAGCCACUGGUGCGCAAGCUGCAAGGGCUGCAGCUGCGGGACACUACCAGGACAGCUUACAACUACGGGUGGGAAGCGGUGUGAAGCCGAAUAGCGGAGUUUCAAACGAAGUUGCAAAGUCCUCAAGUACGCGAGUAGCCUUCGGAAGUAGACCAGUAGCUUCAGGAGCUCGCUCCCGCUCAGCCUCGCAUACUUCAGCUGGUGGACGAAAUAGGGUACCGACUGCGUCAACGGCGACGAAUCCUGCUAGAAAUGUGGGCAGUAGAAGAAGUAGAAACAUCUUAGGAUCCUCUGGCUCUGGCGGCAAGAUUAGAACGACUAUGAACACGAGAAGCGCUAGUGCUUCUUCCUCAAAGGCAAAUAAUGAGCAACUACAGCGUGCACAACAGCUAGAAAAAAGUGCAGCUUUUCUUUUUGGAAACGCGGAUGAAGAAAACUACAGCAGAAGUAGUUCCGCGAAGCUUCUGAGUGCUACUUCUUCGAUCUCAGCAUCGAACAAGCCGUCUCUUCCAGCGUCACUAGCUUCAGCAGCGGAAAAAGCGAAGUCUCCAGUUCUUCUAGGUCCAGCCCAACGAUUUGUAGAAGCCGAGGGUGGCGGAACUGGUUUAGAUGGAGUGAACCGGAAGAAUGCUUCGAAUAGGCGGAUGGACCGCAAUGAAAUUCGAAAUGCCAUGGACGAUGAACGAGGUCGUGCUCGUGGAAGAGAUCCAGUAACAUUAGCUGGUGCGGCAGUAGCAGAAUUAGGUGCAUCUUCAGUGACAGAUGUCGAAGCAAGGUUACGCAGUGCAGUGAAAGAAGGAGUGUCGUUUCCCAUAGAACAUGUAGACGAGGAGGAAAUCUAUGAAGAACUACAAGGUACUGCUGAUCAACAGGAGAUGAACCUCAGUUCCAGUCAAACUAGGAAUGUUGGCCUCCUCAACGAAAGCAAAAGCGCUGAACACGACAAGGCAUGGGAGUUGAUGAAACAGACGCGCACAGAACAGGGUGAUUUGCGAUCCAUUUAUGACUUAGAUGGUCGUUGGCGUUCCGACAGCGGUCUCGACAUAGUAGUACGUAACGGCGUCUGCACUUGGCUCAACUUGCCUCCUCAAGAAGGUUCUGCGGGUCCUCCUAGUGUGGCGUUUACUAGUCGGCAAUCCCUUGCCAUCGAUGGCGAUGAAUACGCAAUCUUGAGAUGCGAAUAUUUCGAGGGCGUCGUCUGCGGCGUCCGCUGGUCGGAUGAUGAUUACUGGCAUCGGAACGAAAAGGAGCUCCACGAUUUGAUCUCGAAACAACUCAAAGUCCAGGCUUUACAACCAGAGACGUUGCAGCUUGGACGAGCAGCGUUUCAAGAAGCAGAUUUAGGUAAGGCAAUGCCGAAAGCCAACUACCUGAUCCGGCAAGGCGGAAGUGUGCCCACCAGUUUUAUGCCGAAUGCAAGAAAUCGAACAAGUUUGUGGAACGCAGGAGCACAGGAGACGAGAUUGGUAUUCUUUGUUUCUCAUGGUCAUGCUCAUGCUGUCUCUUCCAUUUCUUUCAAUUGGCACAGGCUACUGUGAUUCGAAUUGAUUCAGAAUAAAGACCUACAUCACGUUCACGACAACAGGACCGUGAAAGACUUCGACAAUACCUGAUAAACGAAGAAGUGAUGGGUAUAACGGCUAGACAAAAGCGGCAGAUUGACAAAGAAAAAAGCGAGCACAUCAAAACCCGAGAUCGUCUCACAGCUGUGCUUCGAGGCUCGAGACUGCCAAUGCGGACGAAAGGUAAUGACUUCUGCCAUUUGUUUUGCAAGAAAUGAAAUGUCCUUGCUGUCAAACUUGUAAUAUGAUAGAGUAGUUUAUAGAACGGAUGUAGGAUGGACUUGGAUGGAUCGGAUGGACCCCCCUGAUUCUUCCGAUCCUACUUGAAAUGGUGGGAAGUCCAUCCGUUCCAUCCGAUCCAUCCGAUCCAUCCCAUCCCGGAUCUGGCACCCCUAUAAACUGCUAUAAUAUGAAAAUGCUCAUCUUCGUCCAAUGAAUUUAACCACUACUUCUUGUAGUUUCCAAACCACUGACUUUGAAUUUGAUCUACGCGGCUGUCAAAUUUUGAAUGAAAACAUCCCCACACUCAAUUACAGCCAACAAGAACACGGACGUUUUAUCGCUCUAUCAGAAGAGUAAAAAAGUCUGGGAACAAUAUCCCACUCUAAAAUACAAAAAUCCUCACGACAUUCGAAUGGAGCGUGCGGGGAAGCAUCCGAACCGUGGUCCCACGAGCGCAGUUCCUAAGGUGAAGCCGUACUUCACGGAAGCCUUCUUUGUGAAUAGGGACACUUACGCAACGGCGUCGAGAAGGAAAUUGCCAGUAAGACAAGCAGCGGUGGUAUGAAACGAAAAAGUGCACUCACACUCAAGAAAUUGGGUAGGAUUUAAGUAGGAAAAUAGCUAAUUUUUUUGAGUGUGAGUGCACUUUUUUCUUUCAUAGGUGGAAGAACUCUCGACGCGGAGAAAACAGUUGGGAAGACAAACCCUGUUCUCGAAUCCGCAGAAGAAAACAUUAGGGGUGGGACCGUAA